ACUAUUUGGCAAGACCAUUGAUUUGCAUGAUCGUCACUAGCAAAGAUGCCCUCGCCGAGGACGCUCACCGUCAUGGCGCUCUCCUUCGCCCUCGGAUUCUUCUUCCUCUUCAUGGGAACCAUCAAACUCACGCCCAGACUCAGCAAGGACGCCUACAGCGAGAUGAAAAGGGCGUACAAAAGCUACGCCAAGGCCCUGCCAGGCCUGAAGAAGAUGGGCAUCAGCUCCGUGCUGCUGCGAAAGAUCAUGGGCUCCCUGGAGGUGGGCUGCGGCGUGGUUCUCACCCUGGUGCCGGGCAGACCCAAGGACGUGGCCAACUUCCUGCUGCUGCUGGUCAUGCUCGCCGUGCUCUUCUUCCACCAGCUGGUGGGCGACCCCCUCAAGCGCUACGCCCACGCCCUGGUCUUCGGCAUCCUGCUCACCUGCCGCCUGCUCAUCGCUCGCCAAAGCGAGGAGCGGGAGGAGAGCCGGGAGGAGCAGCAUCAGCAGCAUCAGCAGCACGUCAACGACCAGGAGAAGAACAAAGUCAAGCAGUCUUAG